AUGUCUAGAAUUCCUGAUAUUCUCGUAGAGAUACAAUGUCUCCAAAUAAUCAUUCUUCUCACUCCCAUCACCCCAAUCUCCCCUUCUCAUCAUUCACUUUCUCAUUAUUUAUAUUAUUCACUUUCCCAUUAUUCACGUCAUUCAACUUCUUAUCAUUUUUGUUAUUCACCUUCUUGUUAUUCCCAUCAUUCACCUUCUUGUCAUUCCCAUCAUUCACCUUCUUGUCAUUCUCAUCAUUUAUAUUCUCGUUAUUCUUAUUAUUUACCUUCUUGUUAUUCUUAUCAUUUACCUUCUCAUCAUUCUUAUCAUUCUUUCUCUCCCAAUCAUUCUAAUUAUUCACCUUCUCAUCACUCUUGUUCCUCUUCUUCUCAUCAUUUACAAAAUUCUCAACAGGAUUCAAUGUCUCUUAACUCCCAAAAUCACAGAGAAAAAGCUACAAUAGAAAAAUCUACAACAGAAGAAAAAGUUUUAUUGUUAGCAGCUGAGUUAAAUGAAUUGAAAGCAUCAUCACAUUCUCUCUUGGAAGUUGGAGAAAAAGGCAAGCAUGCAUUGCGA